AUGGCUGCCGCGGUUCCCGGGAUCCCUCAGGUGGAGGUGGAGGUGGAGAGCAUGGACAAGGCCGGGAAUUUCAUCGGGUGGCUGCACAUCGAGGGCGUGAACCUGUCGGUGGCGCUGGUGGAGCAGGCGCUGUCCCGCGUCCACUUCACGGCCGAGCGCAGCCCCUACUGCAAGGCGCUGCUGGCGGCCCAGGACGCGGCCAAGCAGAGGAAGGAGAAGGUGUGGUCCCACUACGAGGAGACGCCGGUGGAAGAGGUGGUGCCGGUGCUGGAGGAGAAGGAGCGCGCGGCCAACUACAAACCCGUGUUUGUCACCGAGAUCACCGACGACCUCCACUUCUACGUGCAGGACGUGGAGACGGGCGCCCAGCUGGAGAAGCUGAUGGAGAACAUGCGCGCCGAGGUGGGCACCCACCCGCCCGUGGAGGGCUCCUUCGCCCCGCGCCGCGGAGACUUCUGCAUCGCCAAGUUUGUCGACGGGGAAUGGUACCGCGCCCGCGUGGAGAAGGUGGAGUCGGGUGGGAAAGUGCACAUCUUCUACAUCGACUACGGCAACAAGGAGACGUUGCCCCCGAGCCGCCUGGCCCCGCUGCCCCCGGCGUUCUCGCCGCGGGUUCUGCCGCCCCAGGCCACCGAGUACACCUUCGCCUUCAUCCAGGUGCCGCAGGAUGAGGAGGCGCGGGCGGACGCGGUGGACAGCGUGGUGAGGGACAUCCAGAACACGCAGUGCCUGCUCAACGUGGAGCACCUGGGGCCCGGCUGUCCCCACGUCACCCUGCAGUUCACCGACACCAAGAGCGACGUGGGGCUGGGGCUGGUCAAGGAGGGGCUGGUGAUGGUGGAGCCCCGCAAGGAGAGGCAGUUCCAGAAAGUGAUCACCGAGUACCUGAACGCACAGGAGGCGGCCAAGAGCGCCCGGCUGAACCUGUGGCGUUACGGCGAUUUCCGCGCGGACGACGCCGACGAGUUUGGCUACAGCCGCUGAGGGGCCGGGGGGGCCCUGGGGGCACCCCAAAACCCCCCGGGACCCCCGGCCCGGCCCGGCCCAUGGGGGUGCUGGGGGGGAGGGGCACCCUCAGCCCCCCCGCCCUGCCUUGCCCCC